GCAAGUCAUUUAAAUAGUGCAGACAACAAAUGAUGUGGCAAGUAGUGCAUCUGAGUCUAAAUGACUCAAAAAAUGUAAUAGUGCGCCAGUUCUGCAUAACAUAUGAGUACCACGCUAUAUGUUUUCAUUUUCAUUAACCUCAUUACAGUGUCUCAUUUCAGUGUCCAUUUCUGCUGUAACCUUUUGACAAAUAUAGUCCCCCUUCUGAAAGGAAGCAGCCUACCCCUCGUUUUGCUGUGUACAUUGCAAUGCUAAGUGCUCCCAUUUUUGGUUCUGCGCCGCAAGUCCCUCGAUCUCAAAAGAAAAAUAUUUACUGUAUUACGGAGCGAGUUAGAAUUUACAUGCUGAUAUGAAAUAAGUAGUUACGUUUUCUAGUGAGGUGGAAUAUGUAGAAAUUAGUUAGUAAAGCUGAUUCGACAGCAGCUGUAAAAAGACACGUUUCCACACAGAGAUGUAAUUUGAUACUGUCGCAUUUCCGGGAGACUUCUGAGCGGUGGUCAAGUAAAACUCUGUUGUGUGAGACAAAUCAAAAACGCAUUAUGAUGUUGACGAUCUGGAGCUUCGUAUUUGCGGCUGUUGUGUGGCUUGUUGCGUGCAAGUUAGACACUGUGCCAUACUUCUCAGAUGGAUCUUGUCGGAAUAAUGGGACUGAGUACUAUGUUGAAGCGGUACAGAGGUGCUGCAGUAAAUGCAAACCGGGAACGCAUCUACAAACUGAAUGCACAUCUAAGACGGACUCAGUCUGUGAGCCGUGUGGGCAAGAAACGUAUAUGGAAGGAAUGAAUUACUACCGCAACUGCUUCAAAUGUAAAAGAUGUUUUGGACACAAAGGCCUCGAGUAUGCCAAGAAUUGUUCCGGAGAUACCAAUGCCCAAUGUGUAUGCAAAAAUGGACAUUUUUGUGUUAUUGGAUACAACAAACCAACCUGUGAAGAGUGCAGAAAAUAUAGAUCCUGCCCCCCAGGCCACGGAGUCAGCCAACCAGGAACACCAAACUCAAAUGUGAAAUGUGAAGUCUGCCCUGAAGGAACUUUCUCCAAUCAGUCAUCCAAUUUACUUACCUGUAAACCACACACUGAUUGUAAAUCCUUGGGAAGGACAGUUAAGUUUGCUGGCAGCUCCACAUCAGAUGCUAUUUGUGGACCAAGUCUGCUUCACAGCACAGCUGAGUCUGCUUUAUGGAGCAGCAUCCAGUCCACUGCACAAAAUGUAUCAGGCACUAUAAGUACCACCACACUGUUUCCUCUGGAAUCGACUGGAGAACCACCAAGCACCACUGACUCAUUGAGAUCCCGUGCAACCUCACAGUUUUAUCCCAUUGGUUUAUUUUCAGGAUUAUUUGUUGGACUCUUGAUGUUCUCACUGAUUGUGGUGGUAACUUUAUACAUAUGCUGUCGCAAGAAAGAUACAACUAAAACACCUAUCAAGGAGGUGAAUAAGUUCAGCUCAACAGCCAAUCAACAUCUGCAUAACUCUAAACUGGGUAGCUCCCCUGAGCUUCAUCCCCUGGUAGGUAAAUCACACAAAGACACCUCUGUGUCCUCUACUGAGAGCCAGGCUGAAUCGGAGCAACACAACGGGGCUUGGCCUUGCUGUACAAGCACCCAGGAUGGUGUGAUCAAAAAACAGCCAGAACACAGUUCAUAUGUCAAUCUGAACAUCACUGCCACCAUUAACUGUAAGGUGAAAUCAGCCACAGGGAUCUGUUCUGUACCCAUCAGUCCCUCCACAUGCUCCACACAACCUGAGCCCCAGCUGCCGCUGUCUCAGGAGGAGGUCUCUGUUCCCUGCCAGGAGGAUGGUGGCAAAGAUGCCCGCCAAGCAGUACAGGAAAGUGGAAAGCGCGUGUGUUGAGAAGAUCAAGACACAAUUGUUAUUUCAUCAACUGUUCAGAGUAAGGGAAGUGACUCUGUCACACAGUUUAAGGCCAGUAUGUCAUGUUACUGCUAAACUUUGGGAGUUUUACAGCAUCAACAUCUGCUUGCGAAACAGCAGUAACCUUUAGAUGUUGAGCAUUUUUGUAUUUACUGUCACAAGAACCAAAAAACUUGUUCUCCUUCUAAAAAGGGACAUUUUUAAGCACUUGUUCUCUCUCUCUCUCUCUCUCUCUCUUUAAAUAACACAGGUUGUAUGUUAGAUUGCUAGAUAUUUUAUUGCAAUUAGAAACUAAGCUUAUGACUAUAUGACUAAUAACUAAGCUAACUAAACAUGUUACAUUUCCAUUUCAUUAUCUACUUAAAAGGGUGCAACAGUGUUCACUGGAAGUUCCUCAAGUGGACAAACACAUUUGUUAAUAUGCUGAUUUGACGCCACCCAGUGGCAGACAUUCCUGCUACACUUGUAGCACAUGCAAGUAUGAGGUCAACUCAGCUCAGUGUCAAAAUGAAUGGGAUGUAUUGAAUGUACUUGCUAUAUUAGCCCUUAGCAGUGAUUUCAAAGGCAGUAUUUUUAUAAAUAGGUUUUUGCCACAGUUUGUUGGCUGAGGGUUUGUGCAUGGUUUAAAAACUGCUGUGUGUGUAACUGACUGAUUCUUAUUUCAAUUAAAUACAAGAAAAAUGUGCAGCAUUAAGGUUUUUAUAGAUAAAACCUGAAUACUGCAGGAUCAGGACAAGAGGAAUUAAGAAAGCGGGUUAAAGAGUUAUUUGCACUGAUGCAAGGAACAUAUUGGCUAAAAAGUGCCAGUGAUCCAACAAACACAAGACAUAAACCAAACUGUAUUUGUAUGUUUUUGUUGUGUUUUUUGUACAUAUCAUACCACUUGUUUUUUGUUUUAUGUUUGUUUUAAGUUUUAUGUUAAGAAUAUAGUAUAAGAAAACAGGAAAGUCAUGGGACACAGUUUUCAUAAUCUGUAUAUACAGUUUGUUCACCGUAUAGGUCAGUACUGUAGAAUAGUAGAACUCCAAAGGUAUGCAUCAAGUCAAAGAUUAGUUAAUGUUUCAUGACCUACCCAUUUAAUGAAUGUUUUAUGUUUAUGUCAUAUAAUUCUGUAAAAUAUCCAUCUUUGUGUAGACCGCAUAUAUUUGCCAAAAGUCACUUUCAUUUUUGCUAUGUUGUCACCAUUUCCCAUUAUAUGUUAGUUCGCAUGGGGUUGUGGAGUACAUAACUGAAAAAUCAUUCUGAAAAUUACUGAUUAUUGUCAAAUUACUGCAUUGCAUGGAGCCAUUAGUGAACCAUGUCCAAAUCAGAGGAUUUUCAUAGCCUGCUGUCUAACAGUAUGUGGGGUACACCUCCUUAUUGCUAACUGGGGAUGGAUUCCUACAGGUGUUAAGACAUUUUAAAAACCACAGAGAAGCAUACCUUAAUUCAAUUGCCAAUUUAUAAUGCUUUUUGGGUGCUAGUUCUUUUCAAGAAGUGUGCAGCGCACAUUGGUUUGAACUUGUAACUGUGAAAACAUACAUAGUCUCUCAAACAUCUCAAAUUUAUUUUUAGACACCCUUGUUUUAUAGCUUGGUUUUACCUGGUCUGAGAUUCUUGACAGCACAGUACAAUCUGAAAAUUGAGGCCUACAGAAAAAAUAAAUUCUGAUCUGUAGGAGGAAAACCAAUAUCAGCAACACAUAUUUCAGGUCAUCCUGCUGAAAAUUUGCUUCACUCACUCUGAACCACUCCUAUGUUGCCAUAAAACCACUCUCAGGAGCACUCAGGUAGAAUAAUAACAAUGUCAUGAUUAUGAGAGAUCAGAAAGCCAUGCAUCAGCAUUCAGUUGAAAGGAAAUAGGUUAUUUUCUCUUGUAACUGGGAGUUGUGUUACAGGAAACUGAGCUCUUUGGACUUUCUUUCUGGUAUACAUAUUCAGACUUGCUAAACCACAACCCAGUAACCUCAAAUGCUCGCUACUGUUAGGUGCAAGGUAUGCAUUACCUUCUGAAGUGGUUCUGGAGUUUUUGUCCUAUGUACAGCUUUGUGAAGUAAUACCCUCUGUCACAUACAGCAUUCACGUGUAAGGUAAACCAAAAUCAUGUUGUACUGUGUCACAAUAUAAUAUUGUAUGUUUUAACUUCAUCACCCCUGAACAAUGAUGCUGUGUAAGAAUGAAACUAACAAGUUAGUAUGUCAUCAACACAUGAUUUAUAACGUUCUAUGGCAAAUGAUCUUUCAUUUUAAGCUUUGCCUGCAUGUGUUUACCAAGGGGAACUAAUUUGAUUGUGUCUGUGUAAAAGCCAGAGAGUGAAAUUUACUGUUGUGAUUUCUCAUAAAUUAGUCCAAGAAACAGAAGCAACAGGUCAUCUACAGGAAGUCACUUACUGUAGGUUAAUCUUAGCACUCUCCACACUUUCCACCAAGUACAUGUAACCAGACUGUGGUCUCACUUUGAACCUGUCCUGUCCAAGCAAACCCAUAUGAAUAUUACCACCAGGCAUUGGGAACCUCAU